UUCACCUCUUUGCUUGAUCUGUAUUUCAUUGCUGUUAAUUGUUCCUUUUUGCGAUUACAUCUGGUGGAUGGCACAUUCUUUAUUUAUUUAUUUAUUAUGUUUUUGAAUAUGUGGUUUGAUUAGUUCUUUCACCUUUAGGUACUGAUUGAUGCUCGAGUGUUGUUUCAUUUUGUUUCUUAUGAGAUAAUUUUAGGAUUUUCGAUAUGGGUAGUGUGUAUAAUAUAGAUUUUCCUGUAUAAAUUCUAAGAGAAAUGAUUCCAUAAUCUCUUGUCAAGUUAUAUGGUUUAGGGUUUAACUGUGCAUUAACUGUAGUUGUUUCUUUUUUGGUCAAGCUCGUUAUGUGCUUGUGGUUGAAUUGUGUGAUGAUGAGUUAUAAAACCCUAAACUCUGGGUUCUGUGAAGCAGGAAAUAAGAAAGAAUGGCGGCCAAAAUGAUUCUCUUUGUUGUAUUUGUCUUCUUGGUAUUGCUUAAUAGUUAAAUCCCUCUAGGCCAUCAAAAUCUAGGUUCUCAAGUGUUUGAGAGAUUUUGCACAGGCAUGUGUCACGGACCAUGCCAAGUUUUGCUGCGGAUUUUUUUUUUUUUUCCUGCUAUGUCUUUAAUUGCUUGCUAUGUUUCUUUGUUAUUCCAUAGAAUUCUCUUUUAUUCUAGCUGCUAGUUAGUUAGAGAGAAUAUCCAGCUGUAAAGGUGUUUGGGAUAGGACAAAAUAGUUGGUCAUGGGAGCUGCAAUCUGCUGUGGCAGCCCCCUAGGAUAGCUAUAUAAGCCCAAACGGCUCCUAAGAAUGGUUAUCGAGAAUCAAUCAACAAAUUCCGGAUUUACUCCCUGCAUUCUCUCUAUCUCCCAAACUAUUCUCUCCCUCAAUCUUCUUCUUCUUCUCUCUGAACCUUUCUCUUCUACUACCAUUCCCGAGCCCCUUCUAAUACACCCCGGGCGGAAGUUGACAGCAAUCCCAGCGACCGUGACAGCAUGUUUCUUGAAACGAACUUGGGGUUUGUUUUCAGGGAAUGUAAAUGUCUAAAUAUGUCGACUGUGUCAGUUCCAACAGUAUGCAACUUCAGAACUGCACCCAUAACCAGAUCCAGUAUGUUGACCAAGAGUCCACGGGCUUUGGGUUCUGUAAAGAGUGUUUCCAAAGCAUUUGGCUUGAAAUCCUCCUCCUUCAAAGUAUCAGCCAUGGCCACAUACAAAGUGAAGCUAAUUGGACCUGACGGGAAAGAAAACGAGUUUGAGGCCCCAGAUGAUGCAUACAUUCUAGACUCGGCUGAAAACGAAGGAAUAGAGCUGCCCUACUCGUGCAGAGCCGGUGCCUGUUCGACAUGUGCCGGGCUGAUGGUCUCUGGAUCGGUCGACCAGUCGGAUGGAUCGUUCCUGGAUGAGACCCAGAUGCAGAAGGGGUACGUGCUUACUUGUAUCUCGUACCCAACUUCUGAUUGUGUGAUUCACACCCACAAGGAAAGCGAGCUUUAUUGAUGGAUGAUGUCGUGGCUCUCUUUUCUUCUAUUGCUCAAGGGAUUUGUGGAAAAUUUGCAGCUAGAUAUGUUACUCUCAAUUACUUAAAGACUGCUGGACGAUGUUAAUUUUUCAUCUCUUAUGUUUUUUCUGGUUUGAUAAUUCAUUGUCAUUUUGCUA